GCAGUUCAUGGCAUAAACGUGAAUAACUGCAACUCCAGUGUCACUGUCGUCUAAGCAACAUCUGCCUCGGUCCCAUCGAAGCCACACUACAUAAAUCAUACCGACCGCAGAACAUAUCUAGCCAACCAACAGGUGUUCCGGCGACCGCGGCGGCGACAAGUAUGUUGCUGAAAGCUGUUCAGACUGCCGCAGCGGCGACGGCGACUAACAAUGGCGUCUUUAAAGACAACACCCGUGUCGUAACUCAUCCCCGAUCCAUCGAUUUCUUUUCAAUUCGAAGAAGAAACACCGGUUUCUUAUGCAAUUCAUCGUCGCGGAGGGUUGCGCCGGUGAUGGUUGUGAAGACCGAAGAACAACCGACCACCGUUGCUAUCGGUUUGAACGAAGCAGAGGAGGAAAAGAGCCUGGCGGACCAGCUCCGGAUGGGAAGCUUGACGGAAGAUGGAUUAUCGUAUAAGGAGAGGUUCAUCAUUAGGUGUUAUGAAGUCGGGAUUAACAAAACUGCUACUGUUGAAACAAUUGCCAAUCUCUUGCAGGAGGUUGGAGGUAAUCAUGCUCAGAGUGUGGGGUUUUCAACAGAUGGAUUUGCCACUACAACCACUAUGAGAAAGUUGCAUCUCAUUUGGGUGACUUCACGAAUGCACAUUGAAAUCUACAGAUACCCUGCAUGGAGUGAUGUGGUUGAAAUUGAGACUUGGUGUCAAAGUGAAGGAAGAAUUGGUACUAGACGUGAUUGGAUUAUAAAAGACCAUUCCAAUGGUGAGGUCAUUGGAAGGGCAACAAGCAAGUGGGUGAUGAUGAAUGAGGAUACUAGAAGACUCCAGAAAGUAAAUGAUGAUGUUAGAGAUGAGUAUUUAAUAUUUUGUCCCAAGACACCUAGAUUAGCAUUUCCAGAAGAGAACAAUAGCAGCCUGAAGAAGAUAGCAAAACUAGAAGACCCUGCUGAAUAUUCAACGCUAGGACUUGUGCCAAGAAGAGCCGAUCUGGAUAUGAACAAGCACGUUAACAAUGUUACCUACAUUGGGUGGGUUUUGGAGAGUAUCCCACAAGAAGUGAUUGACACUCAUGAACUACAAACUAUAACCUUAGACUAUAGGCGUGAAUGCCAACAUGAUGAUAUUGUUGAUUCCCUUACAAGUUCAGAGCUUGAAGGAACCAAUGGAUCCGCAUCUUCUGGACAACAUUUGACCCAAUUUUUGCAUUUUUUAAGAUCAUCGGGUGAUGGUCUUGAGCUUAACCGGGGUCGCACCGAAUGGAGAAAAAAACCAGUCAAAAGAUAAAAACACGGUUCGUUUGUAAUUGCAUUUUAGUGUCUUUCCACUUUGUCAUGUUGUUGUCUUUAGGUUUUCUAUUUGUGUAACGUGAUUAGAUUUUCGGAUGAAUAAAGCUUAAAAAUGUUUUUUUUUUCA